AUGCUGCCACCGCCUUUCCCGCCUACUAAGAGGCAAUCGCCCACAAAUACUUGUACCCCUUCGAGCGUUACCGCUCCUUCCUCGACUUCGGUACAGUAUGACGAUGCUCAGCUCAAAGAAUUGUUCAAAGAAUUUGAGGAUUACAAAUUUACCGAAGAUCCGAUGUUUAAUGCUGGGUUACCGACUGUCUUCGACGCAAUCAAAGGAAAGAAGAUGUCACCUGGACUGAUUGAUAAGACAAUAGCAGAAGCUCAAUGGUUCUACUUUACUACCAGGAUCAAGCACAUCUCCAUCCCAUUCUCAACAUACACCUCAUACGUCCAUCGACCCUCUCAAGUCCUACCGAAACCAUCUUCACCUCCUUCCGGAACCCAGGAUGAAACGCAGACUCGACCUUCCGACUCCUCCUCGCUAUCAAGAAUGGAUCAUCUAACAGAAGCGAUGCGAAUGAUGGAAACGAAAGGAACAGAAGGACAAACAGGUCUGACUUUUGAUAAGCUUUGUGAAUUGAUCAAGGAAGGUAAAGCUGGGGAAUUGCAGGGGAAGGACAUACCUGAUGAGUUGAACCCCUUACCGCCUUCCACUUCCACUCUUCCGACUCGUCUCAAACCAUGGCAAAUAUCUAAUCAAGCUAGUCCAGCAUCUGCCAACUUCCACCAGCCGGCGCAGUCCCCAAUCAGUACCUAUCAUGAUACCAGCUAUGAUGUCAACAACUCGAUUUUCGGCUCCGAGCCUUACCAUGGAGCUACAACAGAUUUCCCUAUGUUGUCUCAACCGACGGAAAUAAACGCAGGAAAUACACUCAAUGCAGCUGCAAACGCAUCAUUCAUGUAUCCCCAAGGACCCACCAAUGGCUUAUCGCCGCAAGUUGGUAGUCCGCUAUCACAAGGAAUCGAGAGUAAUUUUCCAUCUGCAGGUGGUCACAAUCAGAACAUAGGCUCAGACUCGGAUCAAAUCCAAAAUCAAGUAAACGCUCAAUACCUUUCUCAACUCAAUCAAUCAAAUAUACCUGAACAUGUGGGAUUCACACCAGGAUUCGAAUAUAUCGAUUGGGCAGCUCACGAUGAUUCUACCUCAAUACCGAAUCAACAACACUUUCAAUCGAUUAACAGUAAUAACACGAAUAUGGAUAUGCAUGGUCCACCUGUUGUGUUUGGGUAUAAUCAGGAAGACGAGGAUCAGAACAUGGAUGAACGGGAUGUCAAGGUCGAACCUCAUUCUGACUUCGGUCGGUGA